AUGUCUUCCCCUAACAACGCCUCCGUGGUGUCGAAACCAAGUGAGACCGCUUCAGAGAUAUCUGGAUACGUGAACGAGAAUGUUGUAAAAAUGCCGCGUCUACGACUGAGUGAACUCAAUUGGAAGAAUCGUGCCCGGUUCUUGGAGAUGAUGGAGCGUCACUCGUUCGUAGUGCUCACCAAACUCGGCGAGACACUGGAGCAUACACACAAUCAAGUACUUGACGACUUUAAAACGUUCUUCACGAAUGAAGAUGAGGACUCGAAAAACAGGUACACCAGUAAACAUAUUUACCGUAAUGAGCACGGCAAACCUUUCUGGUAUGCUGGAUACGAACACACGAGUGUACGCGACUGCUUUCGCGUAGCCUGUGGAGACAUGUCACGACUUGUGUGGCCAACGCCCGAGUUCAAAACACAUUGGCUCUCUUUGCAGCGCUGCAUGCAGCGUAUUUGCGAUCGCGCAUUAAGUUUAACUGUAGGUUAUCAUAUUGAGCCUAGCCAUGUACGCUCGGACAAAGACUUUUCCGUCUGCUACGGACUGCACUAUCCGAAUAUUGAGGGCAGUGGCCAGUCCGCCAACGAGAACGUUUUUGAGCAUGUGGAUCCGAGUUUGUAUGUGGUAGAGCCCGUGUCCAAUGUGGAGGGAUUGGAUGUGUAUGAUCCACAUUCAAAGCAGUGGCUUAAGAUUGAGAAGCUUUGUGUUCCUGGCAAGGAGAUGGUACUUUUUUGUGGUCACGCCUUGAGUCGAGCCACGCAAGGCCGCAUCCCAGGAACGCUGCAUCGCGUUCAUCGUACCUCUGAACGGCGAUUUUGCAUCGUUUACGAGCAGAAGUAUGAGGAAUACUUCCUUUGA